AUGGCCGAAGUCGGGGAGGACAGUAGCGGGGCGCGGGCUCUGCUGGCGCUGCGCUCGGCGCCCUGCAGCCCCGCCGCCGCGCCCCCUCCCGGGCCGCCGCCCCCGGCCGCGCCGCCCGCCGCCUGCACCGGGCCGGUGCUGGCGCGGCUGCAGGGCCGCGAGUUCGAGUUCCUCAUGCGGCAGCCGGCCGUCACCAUAGGCCGCAACUCCUCGCAGGGCUCCGUGGACGUCAACAUGGGGCACUCCAGCUUCAUCUCGCGGCGGCACCUGCAGCUCAGCUUCCAGGAGCCGCACUUCUACCUGCGCUGCCUCGGCAAGAACGGCGUCUUCGUGGACGGCGCCUUCCAGCGCCGCGGCGGCCCGGCCCUGCAGCUCCCGCCGCAAUGUACUUUCCGGUUUCCUAGCACAGUUAUAAAGAUCCAGUUCACAUCUUUAUACCAUAAAGAGGAAGUAAAAGAGGAAGCCUCAACACAUCCCCUUCGGCCACUUUACCCUCAAAUUUCACCUCUGAAGAUUCACAUCCCGGAGCCGGAUCUCCGGAGCGUGGUCAGUCCCCUCCCAUCCCCCACAGGCACUAUCAGUGUUCCCAACUCUUGCCCAGCCAGUCCACGUGGUGCUGGAUCCUCAGGAUAUCGUUUUGUUCACAACAUUACCUCGGAUCUGCAGCUGGCAGCAGAGUAUGCGGCAAAGGCAGCAUCAGAGCAGCAGGCAGAUGCAUCUGGCGGGGACAGCCCAAAGGAUGAAUCCAAGCCACCCUAUUCUUAUGCUCAGCUAAUUGUGCAGGCUAUAUCUUCAGCACAGGACAGGCAAUUAACACUAAGUGGGAUCUAUGCCCACAUUACCAAGCAUUAUCCGUAUUACAGGACUGCUGACAAAGGCUGGCAGAAUUCCAUUCGGCACAACCUCUCCUUGAACCGUUACUUUAUUAAAGUCCCACGCUCCCAAGAAGAGCCUGGAAAGGGCUCCUUUUGGCGAAUUGACCCUGCCUCUGAAGCCAAACUUGUAGAACAAGCAUUUAGAAAAAGAAGGCAAAGAGGAGUGUCCUGCUUCCGAACACCUUUUGGGCCUCUCUCCUCCAGGAGUGCUCCUGCCUCCCCUACUCACCCUGGCCUGCUGUCCCCUCACUCUAGUGGCCUACAGACUCCAGAGUGCCUGUCACGGGAGGGCUCACCCAUUCCACACGAUCACGACUUUGGGUCAAAGUUAGCCUCAGUUCCAGAGUAUCGGUAUUCCCAGAGUGCACCCGGAUCUCCAGUGAGUGCCCAGCCAGUGAUUAUGGCUGUUCCUCCCCGACCAUCCACCCUGGUGGCCAAACCAGUGGCCUACAUGCCAGCAUCCAUAGUGACUUCUCAGCAGCCUUCGUGCCACGCAAUCCACGUCGUUCAGCAAGCUCCCACAGUUACCAUGGUCCGAGUGGUGACCUCCUCUGCAAACUCUGCAAAUGGAUACAUCCUCACAAACCAGGGCACAGCAGGAGGAGCUCAUGAAGCUGCAGGAGCAGUGUUGGACUUAGCUGCUGACCACCGAGGCAUGGACGAGAAGCCAACGAUCGCAUUUGCCACGAUCCCCACGGCCAGCCGUGUUAUCCAGACCGUGGCCAGUCAGAUGGCCCAGGGUGUCCCUGGGCAGACUGUCACCAUCCUGCAGCAGGCAGCUCCGGUGGCCCUGGGCCAGCACCAGCUCCCGGUGCGGGCGGUCACCCAGAACGGCAAACACGCCGUGCCCACCAACAGCAUCGCCGGCAGCGCCUACGCUCUUACAAAUCCACUGCAGCUCCUUGCAGCCCAGGCCAGCUCAUCCACUCCUGUUGUAGUCAGCCGGGUCUGCGAGCCAGGGACCGAAGAGACGGCAGCAGCCUCCUCCAGUGAGCCUGAAGUGAAAAGAGCACGGAUAGAAGAGCCCAGUGGAGCAGUGCCAGCCCAGACUGGAGUCAUCACAUCCACAGUGCCACAAGGACAGGCAACCAGUGAAUGAAGAAGCGGUGGGAGGAGCUGGAGUGAUGGCAGGGUGGGCAUGGGAUGGCAGGAGCCCUAAAGCAGCUUUCACAGGAAACCAACCACAACUGUAACAGCUCAAAACACAGCUGAUAAAGAGCUCUUUUUAAAGGCAGGUUUUUCAAUGGGAGGGCAACAGCUGUUAGAAUCACAAGGUGCCAAAAAGAAUGGAAAAAUCCCUCCCAAGAACCCAUAUCUGGAACUCUGUUCUGUCUCUACUUACGGGAUAUUUUUUUCCUUUUUCUCUUUUUUUUUUUUUUUUUUUUUAAGAUUCAGAAAAAUACAGACAACUGAUUGUAUGACUGCUGGGAUAUUUUUAACUGUCUUUUCCCCUUUUGGCUCUGAGGGGAUGGAAUUUGCAGUUCAGAACCUAAAGGAAUGUAAUACAAAUACAGUCCGCUCCCUGGAAAGAAAACUCCUCACGUUCUAUGCCUUAAUACCACACUUCUGAGAGCUUUCAACCAUAGGACCAUUUUGAAAAGGUCACCUAAGGCAAUCAAAUGCUGAAAGAUGGGUGCAGUAUCUCACAACAACAUUAAAGAAACAUGGUACCAAGCUUAAAAAAAAAAAGGCAAAUUAUUCUGUUUUUUUAAAACAGAAAAUUCUGAAUAUAAAUGUUUAUUUAUAUGGGAAUUCAGGAGGAAGAGUUACAGGGCUCAGCCACCUGGAUUUCCAGAUGCAAUUUCUCUCCAUUCCCUCUAAGGGAGAAUAAAUAGGAUGCCAGAGGAACUGUAUUAACUUGGUUCCUGUAAAGAUGUUAAAAACAAAGGGGUUUGUAUCUUUACAAAUAAUUUCUUACAAUUAUUCAUCACUUGCUCUGGACAACAGCCGAAGUAUCGUGAUGCCUGGGGAUCACGUGGGGAAAGGUGUCUCCAGGAGGUUCUGUGUGCAUUUGAUUGAUCACAGCUUGUGUGGAGCACCAGCUUUUGCUCAAAUUAGCACUAUAGUGAAGGCAUGGCCACUGACUUUGUGAACUUGAGAAAAUAUUGGUUGAUGCUCUGCACUGAAGCAGUCUCUCCUGCCUUGAGGACCAUUGGGGUUGGCCAGCAGGAGGAGGCCUUUGCUCAAGCUGUAUUCCAGGCUCUUCACAUAGUACAAGGAUGUCUUUUGAGGAAGGCAGAUUUGACUCUCUUCAGCCAAUGUGCAACACUGGGUGCUUGUGACACCUUAAGACUGGCAAAGAAAUCCACCCCUGCCUGUGGCCUCCAGCAAACCCCUUUGGCCUUACACCCUUUGCAGUCCCCUUGGCUAACAUGUCUUCUGGCAGCACAGCAGAGAAUUUUUAAUUUAGCAAAUGUUACAGCUUUGGAAAUGGCAAGGGAGACUUGGGAGGGGUGGGCUGUGCCUCUGGUGGAUCAUCCCCCAUCUGUCCUGUGCAGUCUGACAAGGCAGAGAGGCAAAACCCAAUGCAGAAACAUUGCAGAAAGCCUUCUCCAGUGUGCAGUAAAUGAUACUGUCAGCAUAUCCAUGGGGAUUAGGGGUAAGGCACAGCCCUUCAGUGCCUGCUGGAAUCUGGAGAGGAAAUCCACAAGGUAACAGCUGGCAUCACUUGUUCCCUUCUAGGUUUCCUUUGUCUUUGCCAAAUCCUAUUCAAUAACCAAGUCCCACCACUUGAAUAAAACCCAGACAUGUUUAAUUCUCAAGUCCAUUGUUUUGUGAGAAAUAUUGCUGAAAGAAGGAAAGAAUUUCUUGGUCUCAUGAUUUGCGGUUACUUCUGCGGAGAGAGACACAUAAAAUAUUCAUGACAGAUCAUUUAUCUCAGCUGGGCUUUCAGGAUUCAGGUGUGUGCCCUUAGUGACAAGUUAUUAGAUGGGAUUUUAGUGCUUUGAAAUGGUUUUGUGAAGGAGGAUUGUUAGAGACCACAAAGUAAUUGAAGCAGGCUGGCCUCCAGCUGUCCCUUCUCCCGCUAGGAAGGCAAGGUGUGGUGCAGCAGAAAAGCACACGGAUUAGCUCUGUUUUCUGUAGCCUUUUUACAGCCAGGAGCCAAUAAAAUGAACUUCAAGGCAGAAGGCACAAGUGAGAGUGCAGCACAGUCUGUCUGUGGUGAAUCAUUUCUUUGAGGUGACUGCUGGUUUAGAUACAGGCACGCCUCUGAAACGGCGCCGAGGCUUGGGAGCACUCCGGAAGAGCAAGAGUCCUUGGGUUUCCAGAAUGUUGGGUGAGUCAGAGCAAGAUGAAAAACCAACAGAAAACUGUUCAGGAUGUGGAGCUGCCAAGAUUCUGUAGAUUUUUAUUCGCUGAUGCUUUUCUCUUGAAGAGUCUAAGUAAUUAAGCCCUGACCUCCUGUAAACUAAUCCAGCACCAAAGAUACCAGCUAAGUGACAGUGUUUUCAUCCACCAUAGAGCUGCUGCUUUAUAGAUACCUCUUGAAGCUCUGUCCUCAGGUUGCAUGGGUAGAUCUGCCUCCUGAGUAUUUAGAACAGAGUAACACUUUCUUCUUUUCGUGGCUCACAGUGCCUGCUGGUUCAAAUGGGAGUUAAGGAUAAGAAAAUAUCUUUGUUCUGGUCACCUUUUGUGCCUGAGAUGUCUGGAACUUGUCAGUUCAUCCUGUCAGGAGGUUUUUGCUUUAUCAGUCUGCUGCAUCCCUGUAGGGAGCAGUCCUGCCACGCAGAUUUUUUUUUGUAGGUUUGCCUAAACAUUGCCUGGUACCAGGUAAAAUAACUGUUCUUGCUAAAUCGUGUUGAGAGCUGUGGAAAAGUGUGGUCCUCAUCCAUUUUACAUCUUGUUUCAGGCCUCCAGAUGAAUUCUUUCAACACUGCUCAGUCUGGAAGGUAGCACCGUUCUUUUUUCAUACCAGUCCUGAUUCUCCAGACUGCAGAGGCAAGAAAAUCAAUGUAGUGGUAGAAUUAAGUCUUCAGCUAGAAAGAAAAUGUUUACCUUAAUGUUUAUAAACAGUACUUGGAUUAUUUUAAAUUGAUAAUCUGACUUGUUUUUAUUGUCUAAAAAGUUACAUCUCAUCCUUGAUGAUGUUAAUUAAAGAAAGUUUGAGGGGAAGUGAAGGUGGAGGCUUCACUGGAUUUUCUGCUGUCUAUGUAAUGAACGUCAAGGCAUAUUGAAUAUUUAAACUGCCAUAACUUAGACCUGGAAAAACUGUAAAGCCAAGUUCUUAAUGUGUGAAUUCACUUUCCACCAAUUCCUAUUGAUUUUUUUUUCACCUUAGGCAAUGACAUUGACUAAUUUUACUUCGAUCACAGUUAGUUUAUAGCAACUUUCUUUGCUCCAGUUUGCAAGAGCUGAAUGCAGUUGUUCUUUGUUUCAUUCCACCAGAAUUCCACUAUGUUUGUCUUGACCUUGGCUCUUAUGAUACUGAAAGCUUUUUAGAGAAAGAUGAAUUUAAUCUGAUUUAGUGAUAACACAGCACAGUGCUGAGCACAAAAUUGAAGUUCAUGAUUAGCUCAUAUAUUCUUUUCAACUCUUUUUCCUUCCCAUACUCCUCCCUCCCCCAUACCAUUAACACUGUCCCCUGUAGCAUAUCCAGUCAUUUUUAUCCACUGACAGGAGCAGCACCUUGCAUUAAGCUCUACCUGAGGACUCAAGGAUGAAAAUACCUGUGGAAUACAUGGAGCUCCAGAGCAGGUUGAGAAAGGUCAAUUUGGUUACCUUGUAUUAAUUUUCAUGCAGUGUUCUAGACAUGUUACUGCUGGGCAGAGCUUAUUCAGGAGAGUGUUUUCAGAGACAUGUUAAGGCUUUGUGAGAGGAACAAAGUAACAUCUCAAGCUCUUGCAGUGCUGCCAUCAAUGUCAUGGUCUAGCAUCAGAUUUUGUGGGGAGUAAACUUGAUUUUGCAUGUUUGGUCUUGUGUACUGACUUAGGGUUGUCAUUCAGAGUUGAUUUCCACUUUUUUUUUUCCUGUUUCAGUAGGGAGAUGCCCACAAUGGAAUGAAACUUGGAGCACAGAAGGCUAGGGACCUGUGUCUAAGCAAGUGAGAGCAUCUGACCUGAGCUCUCAUGCAGUGUGGUGUGGAGCACUUCUCCCUGCCUGCUAGGGAUGUUCACUUGGUGGUUGAGCUUUUCAUCUGUGUUAGCAAGGGGGUAUUUAUUUGGUGUCACUGGUGUGUGCUCGUGUGUAGGUGAAUGUCAAAAUGUAGGGUGAAAGGAGAAGUGUUUCCCUGCUAUACCUGGGUUUGGGCAUCUUGGAUGACAAAGUUUUCACUUAGCUGUAGUUCUGUACCUUUCCUUAGAGAAUCCACACACGAGGUAAAAACUUCUCAGCAACAUAAGAAGAAUUCCCCAUGCAGCUGAAUUUGUUCCUUGCCUCUGAGGAGAACCCAGCUCUGCCUCCUCUGCAUGUUGCAAAUAGGUACCUGAAGAUUCCAGUAAGACUUUUUCCAAUUUGCUUCCUUCUCUUAAGUCUGAACCAGGGUAAGGUUGUCUCGGUCUGUUCUUGUCCAUCAGCUGGAAUUGCUGCAGGAGGUCACUGUGAGUCUUGUACUGGGGAGCCCAAACACAGAGGCAAUGCUGCAGACAUGAUCUGGGGAAUGCUCAGUGGGUUGGAAGAGAAUCAUUUUCCUUGGCCUGAUAGCUACACUUUUGCCAGUACUGCCCAUUACCUGUUUGGUCUCUUGCUGCAAGACAAGUUUAAAGAGUAAGGAACAAAUCACAGAGUGAACUGGAUUUCAUUUGUGCAGAUGUAGCCAUGUUGUCCCUCACUUCCAAGGGACAGUCCUAGCUUGGGUCUUUUUGAGCAGGAAGCAGCACUGAAGGAUCCUGAUCACUUUUAGAGAUAUCUGUGCUUUAUUUUAUCAAGUGAUAGUUUCAAUCCAAUGUGGAACUUGCCUUGAGUUUCUACCUGCUUCAAAAUCUUUGAGGUUUUUUAGGUCCUGCUGCUAAUAAAUUGGACUAGGGCAUUAAGAAUGAACCUCUAAAGGAACAGGACUUGCUUCAUAAUUUUCCUUAGUUGCACACUGCGUUUUUCGAGUUUGUAAAUGCCAUCCUUCAGUAAAUGAUCUGUCUUCUCUUGCCAGUCAGUCUCUUGGGCAGCUCCUGUUUCUGCUCCUCAUCAGUUUUCCCCCUCUAUUUGUCUGUCAACUCCAGAGUCCUUUAAUCCAACUCCUAAUUUAAUUCCUUUGCUUGAAGGUCUGCAUCUGGCAAGGAUUCUUGUGUUAGGUUGCAGUUACAUGAGUAAACAAUCUGUUGUAGAACUUUUCGUGUCCUGGGUGAAAAAUGAAGCCCUAGCUGCUGCUAUUAUAGCAUACACUACUGCUGGAAAGUGUAGCUUCCAGUGGAGCCAGCUGUGCUGCAGAAAACUGUUACACUACAAGGUCAUCUGGAUUGCUGGAGCUGAUGGGGUUGGGAGGCGAUGCCUUCUUGCAUGGUGAUCUGCACCUGAUGAAAACAUAGCUGGGGAAUCUCUGAGCUGUGAUUUGUUAGAUCAGCAUCUCUUUCUGCUGGGUGGGUUGUUUGCAGCUCAGUGCACGUGUUUGUGCAUACAGGUGUGGAUACAUCCCCAUGCCAUAAUCAGCAGUGGGAAUUUCAUAGCUGUGAGGGCGGGCUUUCUCUGUUAGGGUGUCUUUCAUGGGGCAAUAAUACACCAGGGAGCAUUUUACUUUGGCCUGAGCAAGACAUUUUGAAAAAUACUUGGUUUUCUUGGAGCACUAUAUUUAAAUUCCAAAUUUUGAAUCAAUUUUUGACGUUUGUAUUUAUAUGUUCAGAAAAUUCUUUUGAUACCUUUUCAAUUUACCAACACUGAAUUAAAACCUUUCAGAAUGUAUGGUUGGUCCUCUCCUUAUGUGUCACUUUAAGUUUCAGAGCACGAGGGUAGUUGUGCCAAAUCUAUCCCUUUGCUCUCAAUACAGAAAAAAAAAAAAACAUUGACAAUUCAUGAGUGGCAGCUAAGGAAGAAACCCUUUAAAUAUUUUUUUUUUCAGAGAAUAUUAAAUUAGAUCUGUGUAAACAUGAAAUCUAUAUUUAUUAAUGUGUGAGUGUGUAAGCGUGUGUGUCAAUGUAGAUAUAUAAAUGGUCCAUGACUAUUUCUUUCUCUUAAAUGGUACUUACACAGACUUUUAUACAGUGUGUUGGUAAAUUCCUGUACCAGGCACUGACUCUGAAAGAAUGAUUAACCUAUUUUUGUAAUGAAUGUGAGCAGCCAGUGGAAGCAGCUUUACUUCAGUGAUUGCUUUCAUUCCUCUCGCAGAGCAGAAGAGGCAACUUGGUACUUGCAUCUUCCUUGUGUAGGAUCCCUGCUUCUGGCUUUGUCCUGCUUUCAGCAACCCCAGUCCACGCUGCUUUUCUGGCAAGAAAACCCCCAAAUGGCACUAGUGAAAGCUGGAAUCCCUUUUUGUCUGCAGUUCUCUCUAGAUGCAGUAUCAGGGAGUUCUUUACAGAUUCUGCUCUGUAAGUAAUGGGACCUUAUUUCUAACAGAAGAGAUUUAUGGGUGGUCCAUGAGGAUGCUGUAAGGCUGAGGAAUUCCUCCCUGUCAGGUGGCUAAGCUAACAAUGGGGCACUAGGAAAUAGUUUCUUUUCCUCUGUGGUGAGAUUAUUUUCCUUUUAUCAUGCUUCUGUCUCUUUGUGGGGUGAUGGUGUCUAUAUCCCCUUAAAAACAAGCACAGAAGAGUUCUUCUAAUGUUUCCAUUCACAGGGAGUAAAUUUUACUUAACUGGCCAAAGUUCAGGUGUGGUUUAAUUCCACAAGGAUCACUAAACUCACAGAAGGGUGUAUUUUGAACCACUUGGAUCUUUUUAGAAUAAAAGCAGGUGAUAUUUGACUAAUCCUAAUUGCUCUUCCAGAAGCAGAAAUUCUCUAUGAGGAUCUGAGUGGAAGCUUCACCUCAGCAAUCACUGGCUGCUGAUGGGGCUUCAGGGAGGACAAGGGUUGGUGAUAGGAAGAGACCAGAAUAGGAGCAGUGAAAGGAAGCAGCUUUCCUCCUCAUCCAGCAGAAAACAGCCCCUGUGAAACCCAGACUUCCCCUAAUAUUUUGUUGUUGCCUCAUGUCUGCUGCCAAGUUAUGCUGUGAUCUGGAUCUCUGUCCUGCUUCUACCCCACCUCAGUUUCACUUAAAGCAGUCUGAGGCAGAGCCUUCCUUAAAGCUAAAGGCAACAGUGAGGAGAAAUGUCUGGUAGCUGAAGAAAAAUGAGAUUUAAAUGGAGCAGAAAAAGUGAGAAUUCCUUCUGUUUCACUGUCUUGCUGCUAAAAGUCUGGUGCAGAACAUCCUGAUGUUCUGCUGAUUUAUAUGCUGCUCUUGGGAGGUGGGCAGGCUGCUAAGUUGGCUCUGUAGCAAUUGAAUUACUGUAAACCUGAACUUGCUUAAUCUCUCCUUUUUUUCUCCCUCAAAUGGGCUUGAAGUAGAGGGAACCAGAGUAUUGUUUGUAAGAUCUUUUUGCUUUAAUAGAAAACAGAAUGUAAAAAAAGAAAAAAAAAAAACAACAAAAGCAAAACCAAACUCAUUCAAAUACAUUGAUACAGAAAAUGGCUUUAAAAUAUGAAAAUCUUACAAGACCAUAUGUUGUGUUGGGUUCUGGACAUGCAGUUUGUGCUGGGGAGGCUGGUCUUGUCCAGCCUGCCAGCCAACCUCCACGUAGCCAAAAAGAGCAUUUUAAGAGUCUGUAGCUAUCCAAAGGACUGUUAUCCAAAGGACUGAUAAAAGCUGUUUAGGGAUAAAUCAAAAGCUGUGUGUGAGCAAUGGAUGGUAAAGCUGGAAAUUCAGAUCCAACUCUGAAUAAUGGCUCUUAGUAAAAAACAGAUUUAGAAAAAUCCAACUCUCCCCCUGUUCUGCAGAUGCUCAUUCCCACCGAGUCCCCGGGGAAGGCUGAGAGGAGAACCUGAAAUACCUCAAUGGCUUCACAGAAGGGUUUGCUACAGAGAUCUGGGCCAGCCUUACCCCUUUCACCUCGGUUUGGCACUUAUUUUAUAAAAUAAGAAGGUGAUUGAAAGGGGAAACUAAAGCCAUGCUUGCAUUUCAGUUCCUGGUGUUGCCUGUGCAAGACACCUCCAGCCAGAUGUUUUGAGGUUUGUGGGGUUGUUUUUUUUUUUUUACAGCUGAUAUCAAAAGUUGUUGUUUUAUUUUAUUUUUAUUUUUUUUUGUGACUUGUUUUCGUUAUCAGUGCUUUUUAAAAAGCAGGUGUGUAUCCCAAGGGGGGAAGCUCCAUGUGGGGCAGUGGAUGUGAAGUUCAUGUUCUUUCUCUGGCCAUGUUUGCAGCGCUGCUCCUGUGAGAUGUCCAAGGCAGCCGUGGCUCCCACCAGUGUGUGGGAUCCUGCAUCCAAGGAGCAGGACCUGUGUUUCCACAUCAAAUGGGAUACAGUGGUUUUGUUUGUUUGUUUUUUUAAUAUAGAGCCAUACAUUUUUUAAGUAAUUUGAGAUCUGAAUGUGAUUUCUAAUGUAUCGAGAACGUUAAUAUUUUAAAGCUAUAACAAAGGUUUAAAUUUCUACUUUUUUUUUUUUUUUUUUUUUUUCAUUUAUUUUAACUGUUCUGUUACCUUAAUUUGAUGUAUGUGGUUGGGGAAUGUUGCUUCUCCUCUUAGCAUUUGUUUCUAUAACCAGAAAUAAAAUUAUAUAUGAAAGAGAAAA